GUUGCUGAGGUUGAAGUCAGUGUUGAUGAUUGGGAGGAGACUAGAGGACCUCCGUCAGCUUUAAACUUUCAGUUCAUUAAUGAACUUCCUGUCAGGGACACAAGAUGGAAUUCUCUUGAGAAACCAUUCAGCUGCUCUGAAUGUGGGAAAAGGUAUGGCCUCAAGGCUACUCUGAGGAAACACAUGAUAAUUCAUACGGGAGAGAAACCUUUCAGCUGCUCAGUUUGUAAUAAAAUAUUUUUAACCAAGGGCAAUCUGAAGACACACAUAAGAUCUCAUACAGGAGAGAAACCUUUCAGUUGUCCAGUAUGUAAGAAAUCUUUUACCCAGAAUGGAAGUUUACAAACACACAUGAGAAUUCACACGGGAGAGAAACCUUUUAGCUGCUCAGUUUGUGAUCAAAGAUUUUUGAGCAAAGCAUAUCUGAAGACACACAUACUAACUCAUACAGGAGAAAAACCUUUCAGCUGUUCACUUUGUGGCAAAGCUUUCACUGAAAAUGGAAAUCUGACAAAACACAUGAAAACUCAUACAGGAGAAAAACCUUUCAAUUGCUCAGUUUGUAAUCAAAGAUUUUUAAGAAAGGCAAAUCUGAAGAAACAUAUGAUAACUCAUACAGGAGAGAAGCCUUUCAGCUGUUCAAUGUGUGGUAAGGGCUUCAAUGAAAGUGGAAAUCUGAAGAAACACAUAAUGACUCAUUCCGGAGAAAAACCUUUCGGCUGCACAGUUUGUGAUCAAAAUUUUUUGGAAAAAACGGAUCUGAAGAAGCACUUGAUGACUCAUACAGGAGAAAAACCUUUUAGCUGCACAGUUUGUGAGCAAAGAUUUUUGCAAAAGCAAAAUCUGAAGAGACACAUGAUCACUCACACAGGAGAGAAGCCUUUCAUUUGCUCAGUUUGUGGUAAACAAUUUAUCCAAAAGGUUCAUCUGACACAACACAUGGCACGUCACACCGGAGAGAAAAGAUUUAGGUGCUUGGUUUGUGACCAAAGAUUCACCUGGCUUUAUCAGCUCAAAAAUCAUCAGUGUGUCGGUCGUCAGUCCUCACAGCCUCAUCAGACUCCUGAGAACAGAGCAGGAGAACCGUCAGCCAGCAGUUGAACUGAAAAGAUGAUAAAACAACUACAAAUGCAAGAUGGUCUCAAAGCGGGGAGGUUCUGCCUGACCUCAUGUGGUCAGUCGAGAAAAAGGAACAAUUGAAAUUUGAUGUUUUGAGUUCCCUCUCUGAGUACAGCUAUGUUGAAAACACAAUAAUAUGAGUGUAUGUCGAUGUUAUCUAUGUUGUUUCAAGGUGUUGGGUUUGUCAUUAUGUUUAGUUAAAUGCAAAACUCCACAGGGCUUUUACAAAACCAACUCACCAAUGACAUGACUUCAAAAAGAUCACAAAAAUAACUUAAUGAAGAACAUCAAAUCAAUCCAUGUUACACAUACACAGAAAAUAUGUUCACAGUCUUGCUUAGCAUGCUCUGUUGCACUAAUGUUGUGCCCAGUUGUUACGUUUCCAGUCCAUGAAUGGAGGGCAGAAUUGCUUUGUUGUGCAGCUUGUUAGCUGGUGGUGGUCUGCUGUGGAUGAGCCUGGCUCAGAAGAGUUGUGGUUCCAGAUGCAGUCCUUGCUGUGCUGUUCAGUGUUGCAGAUCAGAGGAAUCUUGUUUCUUUGUCCUGAAAGAGUCUGCAGCUUGGUGCUACCUGUUAGAUCUGUUCUCCUCUGCUUGGUAAGUUAGCUUGCAACCUUGGUGUCUGCUAAAGGCGCAAAUGUUUGACAUACUCAUG